GUGUCCCCGCCCCCGCCGCGGCGGGCAGGACCGUGCGGGCUGCGGGCUGGCACCGGGCCCGCCCAGCACCGGACCGGCACCGGCACCGGCAUCAGCCCCGAGCCCGGCCCAUGGCGGCUCCGGCAGCGGUCGCCACCGGAGGCAGCCGGUGAGCCCGGGCCGGAGCGAGCGGUGCGGCCGGUGACACUGCUGGUGACACGGCCGGUGGCACGGCGGGACCAUGCAGGCAGAGGCCAGAGGGGAAUUCUGCAGCCGGGACCAGCGCCCCGAGCUUGGCAAGGAGCCGCUGGUCCCGGAGCGCCCCGCAGGGACCCCCACCCACGGGCCGGCCCAGGAGACCGCCCGAGUCCCCGCGGAGGAGCAGGGGGGCAUCCCCAUCCCCAGCGCCGGCCUCCUGCAGGUCACCGAGCGCCGACAGCCCCUGAGCAGCGUGUCCUCGCUGGAGGUGCACUUCGACCUGCUGGACCUGACCGAGCUGACGGAUAUGUCGGACCAGGAGCUGGCCGAGGUCUUCGCCGACUCCGACGAGGAGAACGCGGCCGGAGAGACGCCCGGCGGGCUGCAGCCGCCGGCGGUGCCGCGGGCCGGGUACCUGCGCUCGCCCUCCUGGACCCGCGCGCGGGAGCAGGGCCGGGACAAGAAGCACCUGAGUGACCCCGAGCUGCCGCCGGGACCCCCGGGACCCCCGGACGCCUUCCUGCCCGCCGAGCGCCCGCGGGAGCCGUAGGGACAAAACCCGCCGGGGGACACCGGGACACGCCGGUGCUGGUCCCGUCGGUACCGAUGGAGCCCGUCCCCGGGCGCAGGACUCCCGCUUGGCUAGACCGCCCGGAGGGCAGAGGCGGCCCCAGCCCCGCGGCGGGGACGUACCGGGCUGCCCUCAGCCGGUGGCCCGCGGCCCCGGGGGGAAACCGGGCCGGUCCCGCCGGCCCCCGGGAGCGGCACGGCCUUGGUUGCCGGGAGCGGUGGAUGGGGCAGGACGGGACGGGUCGCACGGCUCAGCGCGGCCCGACGGAGCGCGGCCGGUGCCGGUGCCCGCCCGGUUCUGAUGUAGCAGUGCUGUGAUCCGGUAAAACCGACCGACCAACCCAC